AGUACACAUUUAGUUUUUGCUUAUAUCUCUCAUACUACACGUUCCACUCUUCUACAUCCUGAUGUUUCUUAAAGAGGACCACUGUAGCUUUAAAAUGAUGUCACAUGUGUGGGGGUGUGUCCUUGUCAACUCUCCUUUUCCUGCCUUUUCAAAAUGGCUGGCAUCCCGGCAAGCUCGUUUUAUGGAAGAAAUAAAGUAGCCAGCUCUUUGACAGAGGCAGAGAGAAUUCUUAACAGAAUCAUUGAGGGAGAUUCAGACAUAGAUCUUUCAGAAGAUGAGAGUCAAGUGAGCCAGACAGGAGAGGUUGAGAACUCAGAUGAGGAACCAGAUGAGGAUGACCUACAAGAUGCAGGGCCAGAUGUAGUGGACAAAGACACAGGGCUUUCUGAAGUGUACCGUCGUCCCAUUUGGUCCAAAACCAACAUGUUCAUGCCUGUUUUGGAAGAACACAGAUUUGCAGAUGAUGGGACCCUAAUGACCCGUAGCGAUUGGAGCCCACAGCAGUACUUCCAACAGUACAUUGACCAAAAACUAAUUCAGGACCUGUCCUUCUUCACCAAUCAGCGUAUGGUACAGGAUUCAGGGUCUAGUUUAAACACAACACCAGAAGAGAUCAAAACCUUUUUAGGAAUUUCCAUGUAUAUGGCAUGCCUUGGAUAUCCAAGAAUCAAAAUGUACUGGGCUGCCAAAACAAGAGUCGCAGUUAUAGCAGAUUCCAUGACACGUGAUCGUUUCUACAAGAUCAAGUCUUUGCUGAAAGUGGUCAAUGAUCUAGUUGUACCAGAAGACGAAAAGAAAAUGGAUCCCUUGUGGAAAAUCAGACCAGUUCUAAAGCGAGUCCUCCAAGGUUGCCUUGGCCUACCUAGGCCAACAAAGGUCUGUAUUGAUGAACAAAUUGUUCCAUUCACCGGCCGUUGUCCAGUUCGUCAGUUUGUGCCUGGGAAACCAAAUCCAACAGGAUUAAAGGUUUUCGUUCUUGCAAGUCCAGGUGGCUUGGUACUGGAUUUUGAAACUUACAUGGGAAAGAACACCUUCACUCAAGUUCAACAGAUGGGCAUAAGUGGAAAUGCAGUCCUGCGUUUGACUGAGACACUUCCCAGAGGAUCACUGGUCUACUUUGAUCGAUAUUUUACGACCGUCAAGCUUCUAGAUGCACUUCAAGAAAGGGGCUUGUCUGCUACAGGAACAAUUCAAAAGAAUCGAAUCCCAAAAGAGUGCCACUUCACUGCUGACAACAUCCUGAUUAAAAUACCAAGAGGAUCAUCAGAAAUGAUUGUACGGAGACCUGAAGAAAUAGCAAUCACCAAGUGGAUGGACAACAAGCCUGUUAUCAUGGCAUCAACUGCCCAUGGAGUUGAGCCCUAGGAUACCUGUUCCAGAUGGUCAAAGAAAGAACAGAGACAAAUCCAAGUCCCGAGACCUGCAGUAGUUGCAGAAUAUAACAUCAACAUGGGAGGAGUUGACAUGUGUGAUCGCAUGCUCAGCUUCUACAGAAUGUCCAGCCGGACCAAGAAGUGGACUGUUCGCACCAUGCUUCACUUCAUUGAUUUGGCCAUCACCAACUCAUGGCUUCAGUACCGACAAGACAGCCAGGCCUUGCAACGGGCUGCAAAGAACACCUCCCAGUAUCUGGAGUUCAAACUCCUCUUGGCAGAGGAACUAAUAACCCAGGGACAAACAUGUCAACAAGACCUGAAUGUUUCAAGUGAUGAAGAGUUCUCUCUGGAAAUCAAAAAAAGGAAGCCCCAUCCAG